CAAAAAGUCUAGUUUAUUACUAGCUUACCUUAGGCUACCUGACUCUCCAUGGUGUUGGGUGUUCAAAAGUAAAGGCGCCUGGAUGAUUGAUCUGCCAAGUGUAUUGUCCAUUCCCAAGAAAUGAAAAGGAUGAGUCGACAAAAUCUUGUCUGUUUCCGAUUUCUCAUCUGGCUCUUCAAUUGAAAACUCAACUGCUGCCCUGCCCAUCAUAAUUUUAUCUCUGCAUUGCAACUUACUUUCACGUCACCAGCAUCAUUUGUGGUUGAGAUGCUGCCACCUCCACCAGUUCCUCCCCCACUCCCACCCCCACCCCCUGGGCUACCCCCACCACCACCCCCUCCAGUAUCAGCACAAAGAAGCACACCCACCGAGAAUUUGGGGAAAGACAGAGGAGGAAUAGUACUGGAACAGAUUUACACAUCUUCUAUUCAAGAGAGUAGGAAAGCUCUGAGCUCGUUUUUACGAAGUAGAGGAUUAUCAGAAGAAAAUGACAGCAAAAGUUUUACCUUUAUUUCAUGUUACCAGCCUGUGGUGCCUGUCAUGCAGAGUGGACCAUUGUGUGGCAUGGUUGCUCUGGCUAUGGCAUCAGACCUAACAGGAGGGCACAGAGUCACCACAGAGGAAAUCCUGACUCAUGCUCAGAACUUGGGGUACAGCAAACAAGGAGAAAUGUUCUCAGCUUCGUCCAUGUGUGAACUGGCUUCUCAUUUCCUACCGUCCCAAAAUGAACACGUCGAGCUGAACGGAGAUCACAGGUCUGAGUGUGUCAUGGCUGCCCUGACAGGAGGAGGUCUCAUUCUUAUGCCAUAUGAUGCAGACAAAAACCACAGCCCAUGCCUGCGGAGAGGACACAAAGCACACUGGGCUUUAGUUACAGGUUUCUUUGUAGUGCUGAGUUCAGACAAAGAGCUCUCUUGGCUGAAGUCUCUGUGCGAGGCUGACACAGAACACCCCAACCUCUGGUUCUGGCCUAACACAGCGAGUCCCUCAGACCAAGAGUCCCUGAGAAGACAGUGCCAAACACACUUGGACAACACGUUUGUCUUUGCUCAUCAAGGCAAGAGCAAGCACACCGGAUUGUGGGCUUUGUCCGACCUUCUGCGCAGCAACAAUAACCUAGAAGAAGCGGGGCCUGAGAGAUGUGCCGACGAUUAUGUAAUACCCGAGGGCGGUGUCCGACAGGGACUUAACUCGCAGAUGGUUGUGUUGCGGUCUGCUCGUUUGUCGUAGGAGAGCUACUGCAUCUGUUUUUCCGAAAGCCAAACACCUUGAAUGUUUCCGACUUUGUUUGGUGACUGACAUUUGCAUUGAACUUUAUUAUCAACUGAAUUUCCUCAAGGAUGUUUUUUCAUUGCCGUCCAAUAAGUUCUGGAAAUUUUGUACCGUAGGGUCUAACUCUUGAGUCUAAAUGUCUCUCACAUUUUCCAAAGUUGGGGUCAACAGCUGUCUGACUCAUUUUUGACUCUAUGAGGCCUUCAUUUAUCAUUGAAUUUUAUGGAUUAAAAAAGUCAGAAAUUCUAGUUAUAUGAGUGUGUGCCUAAAGAAAGGUACCGAAAGUCGCCACAGACCAUUUUGAGCUACAGGCGGAUAAUGACUAACCCUUUGUUGCAUGAGGUAUGAAGGAGAUUACCUAGAAAACUGAAAUUUGGUAUGUGACCUGCCUUUGGCAUUACAGUACCAUCCUUAAAGUCAUUUUUGACAAAUUAUAAUCAUGGAGCCUGUAAAAAGUUGUCCAAUUUUAUAUUGGACGCCAUGAACUUGAGAGGAUUUCCUUCCUAGUCAGGUGUCCAAAGUAUUGGACGCAAUGUGUUGUGGUUACCUAUUGCUACAUAUUCAAAUAAACUCAUUUGAAACAACAAAUAGAACAUCUGAACCUCCCAAUCAAAAAGAAAAAUCAAACUGUUGAUAAAAUUACAAUUUAUUUCAUUUUUAUCAACAAAACACACUUGUUAUCUUCAAGAUCGGUAAGGUAAAAAUUGUCAUUUUUCAUUCUCAUCCUUGUUUGAGAUAAGCAGAUACACACUUCCUUUUCUACACCUUACUACUCUGCAUUUUCUUUCUACACAUUCACACACUCUUUCUCUUUACUUUAUCAACAAAUGCACAUGAACAGACUGAGAACAACAAUGUGUACUACUACUACGGUUUUCUAUUCAUGAUGGAAAAGGUAAAAACCGUCCUCAGUCUCAUCCUUGCUCGAAGUGCACAGAUACACACUGCACUUUCUGCACAUGUACACAUUCUUUCUUUUGCACUGAAGCCUUUUGCACCUCUGACCGUCCUUCACAUUCAUUCUUUUUGGAAAGUGAUCCACUCUGUCGUACCUCAGAGCACGCAACACAUCCUUUGCCGAUUUCACAGGAAUCUCAGGAGGCAUCUCUUUAUUCUGAGAUGCUCUGUUGGCAAGGAUAAGUCCCCUAGCAAGUUAUAGCUUGAAUGCAGCCAGUUGCAUAGAGCAAUCAAAGCCCUGUACAACAGCCAAGCAUUGGUUACACACAAAUCUGUCAGAUGCAUCAAAAUGCGUUUAUACCACUUUUUUGAUUUCAUACAAUUUCUGUAAAGGGCCAAGAGCAUGCCACAUUUAUCAACCCCACCCAUAUUCUGAUUGUAGCUUUUAAUGAGCAGGGAACAUCAAUAUAUGUUUUUUAGCCUUCCCAUCCCACCUCUUUACCUUGUGAGUUGGUUCGGCGCAGUGCACAUUUGAAGCAACAAAAACUACAUUGUUGUCACACCAUUGACAGAUAAGGACGGAGCUAUCUGUGUCUGUCCUAAAGUCAAAGGCCCCUCUCCACUUCUUCUUAAAGUCCUUCAUACAGAGCAAAGGGCAAGCCCUUGCUCUGUUUGUCCUUAGUGUGGAUGUGGCAUGGAUACCCACUUCCUUCAAUUGAGUCAAGAGAUCAGGAGAGGCAAAAAAGUUGUCAAAAUAGACAUAUGAUCCUGUUGGCUGAACUUGCAUAAGGAGCAUGACGAUUUCCUCAGAUUUACCAAUAUAUUCAGCGUUUGAUCACUUGACUGCAGUGAACAAGAGGUGUUUGCCCCUGUUCUGGAAGACUGUCUGACAGGUGUUCCACUCUCACUUUCAUCACCCACACGGUUGGCCGGAUAGUCAUCAGAAAGAUUAUUACCCGCAAAUCUAAAUUUGUGCACAUAUGCGGAUGUUCCGGCAAGUACCCAUAGCUUGUAACCCCUUUUUUGGGGUUUCUUCAUCAUAUAGAUUUUGAGUGAGUGCCUUCCUUUGAAGGGAAUGAUUUGUUCAUCCACUGACUCAUGUAUCUCACAUUCUGCAUUCUUUCUGAAGUUAUAAUUCAGCUUUGCUAUAAUUGGCCAAUCUUAUGCAAUCUGUCAUAUCCUUCUUCACCCCUCUGUUUUUGCAUGGUGUUAUCAUUGGAAUGAAGAAGAGAGAAAAUCUUCUCAAACCGGUUAACAGUCAUGCUGUCUGCGACAAUGUCCUGUCUCGUAUUCGGAGAUCAGUACUAGCGUCUAAAAGGCAAAUCUACUAUGCACAUAUACAGACAAAUGCCAAUAAAUGUUCUCAUUUCUUGGACGGUUAUAGGGAUGACUUUAACGUGCCUACAUCCAAUUCUUAGUCAGUUUGACUCAAAGGUAAGUUUGUCCCAAAUAUCAUCUCUGAAUUAAACAUUGAACUUCUGGAGGGGCGUCUUUCCUUCUUCAGCCAGACCUCUUGGUGUGAGUUGACUCUCUGGAUUGUUGUGUUCUGGGAGGUCUUUUUUUACCUAAUGCCAGGUACGUCUUUGGAAAAAAAGAAGAAAAAAACAAUGUUUCUAAUUUGUUGAUGUGCAAAUGAAACAGAAAAAAAGCAUGGAAUAUCACAACCAGGACUGCGGUAUUCGAGAAAAAAAGCAUGGAGCAUCACAACCAGGGCUGCAGCAUAGGAGAAAAAAGCAUGGAACAUCACAACCAGGGUUGCGGCAUAGGAGAAAAAAAGCAUGGAAUAUCACAACCAGGACUGCAGUAGGAGUAAAAAGCGUGGAACAUCACAACCAGGGCUGCGGCAUAGGAGAAAAAACGAGCGAAGAGAGUGAGCUAUAUUUACUCAACAAAACAAAACAAAAAUUCCAAACUUUGUUCUGCUGCUUGUUAGCAAACAGAUUGAGGGUCGACGCAGUGGAGUGGGAGCGUUUUCCAGUCUCCACAGUAUCCUUAUUUUCCUUGUGCCGUCUAGGCCUAAUCUAAACAUAAAAAUACUGUAAAUAA